AUGGUGGAUGGGCAUGAUUUGUUACACUGUUUGUGGGUUACAGUUAGAACGGUGAUGGUGGCAGUGGAUGAGGUUGAAGAUGAUGGUGGAGGUGGGUGGUUGCAGGGGUGUUGGGCUGAAGAAGAGGUGAGUGUCAAGCAAAAUGAAUUCAUCAGAUACAAAUCUGAGGACAAACGGGAUAUUGAAGAAGAAAAUGUGGUUAAUCAAAAGAAUAACAAAACAAAGAAAGUGAGAUUUUCACUUCCUGGCGAUGAAUUUGUUUCUUCGGAAACAAAGGAGCUAGUUGUUAGCAAUGAAUCUGACUCAUCAAAGUCAGACAAGCCACAUUCGGGCAAUGAAUCUGGUUCGUCAAAGCAAGAAGAGCCAUCUGUUGAAGUAAAAGAAUAUGAUUAUCUUGAAAGAUUAAAUAGUGGAUGUGGUUGGUGUAGAGGAAGUAUAUAUGAACAAGAUGAUAAGAAGGUUUGGAUUAUCCGACUUAAAGAUUUUUUGUGUAAAAAGAAUGAGACAUUAGAUGAGUUGGAAAGCAGAUUUAAUUAUUUACUGGACAAAUUGAAAACGUUUGAUAUUAGGUUGUCAGAUGCUGAAAAAAUAUCAAAGUUUGCAGAUGCGUUACCUGCGGAAUGGAAUGAUAUUUUGAAAAAUAUAAAAACAGAUUCUGGGUUCUCAAAAUUCCAUUCAUAUGAGUUCAUCAAGAAGCUUAAAACUCACAGUUAUGAAAAUUAUAAGAAGAAGAAAGAUUUGAUGGAUGAAAUUAAAAAGAAUCUAUAUGAAAUGAGUUUGGAUGUGAUUAUUGAAAUAAAUGAUAGAAUCAGAGUACACUCAAGAAAAAGUCAAUUCAAGAAGAAUCAAGUUCUGAAUCUGUGUGUUCUAAAUAAUGUUCAGUCAAGCAAAAUGAAUUCAUCAGAUACAAAUCUGAGGACAAACGGGAUAUUGAAGAAAGAAAAUGUGGUUAAUCAAAAGAAUAACAAAACAAAGAAAGUGAGAUUUUCACUUCCUGGCGAUGAAUUUGUUUCUUCGGAAACAAAGGAGCUAGUUGUUAGCAAUGAAUCUGACUCAUCAAAGUCAGACAAGCCACAUUCGGGCAAUGAAUCUGGUUCGUCAAAGCAAGAAGAGCCAUCUGUUGAAGUAAAAGGUGAUAAUUCCGUUAAGACAAUGGAUGAUGCAACACAGAUGUCACAAUGUGGUUGGUGUAGAGGAAGUAUAUAUGAACAAGAUGAUAAGAAGGUUUGGAUUAUCCGACUUAAAGAUUUUUUGUGUAAAAAGAAUGAGACAUUAGAUGAGUUGGAAAGCAGAUUUAAUUAUUUACUGGACAAAUUGAAAACGUUUGAUAUUAGGUUGUCAGAUGCUGAAAAAAUAUCAAAGUUUGCAGAUGCGUUACCUGCGGAAUGGAAUGACAUUUUGAAAAAUAUAAAAACAGAUUCUGGGUUCUCAAAAUUCCAUUCAUAUGAGUUCAUCAAGAAGCUUAAAACUCACAGUUAUGAAAAUUAUAAGAAGAAGAAAGAUUUGAUGGAUGAAAUUAAAAAGAAUCUAGAUGAAAUGAGUUUGGAUGUGAUUAUUGAAAUAAAUGAUAGAAUCAGAGUACACUCAAGAAAAAGUCAAUUCAAGAAGAAUCAAGUUCUGAAUCUGUGUGUUCUAAAUAAUGUUCAGUCAAGCAAAAUGAAUUCAUCAGAUACAAAUCUGAGGACAAACGGGAUAUUGAAGAAAGAAAAUGUGGUUAAUCAAAAGAAUAACAAAACAAAGAAAGUGAGAUUUUCACUUCCUGGCGAUGAAUUUGUUUCUUCGGAAACAAAGGAGCUAGUUGUUAGCAAUGAAUCUGACUCAUCAAAGUCAGACAAGCCACAUUCGGGCAAUGAAUCUGGUUCGUCAAAGCAAGAAGAGCCAUCUGUUGAAGUAAAAGGUGAUAAUUCCGUUAAGACAAUGGAUGAUGCAAAAUAUGAUUAUCUUGAAAGAUUAAAUAGUGGAUAUGGUUGGUGUAGAGGAAGUAUAUAUGAACAAGAUGAUAAGAAGGUUUGGAUUAUCCGACUUAAAGAUUUUUUGUGUAAAAAGAAUGAGACAUUAGAUGAGUUGGAAAGCAGAUUUAAUUAUUUACUGGACAAAUUGAAAACGUUUGAUAUUAGGUUGUCAGAUGCUGAAAAAAUAUCAAAGUUUGCAGAUGCGUUACCUGCGGAAUGGAAUGAUAUUUUGAAAAAUAUAAAAACAGAUUCUGGGUUCUCAAAAUUCCAUUCAUAUGAGUUCAUCAAGAAGCUUAAAACUCACAGUUGUGAAAAUUAUAAGAAGAAGAAAGAUUUGAUGGAUGAAAUUAAAAAGAAUCUAGAUGAAAUGAGUUUGGAUGUGAUUAUUGAAAUAAAUGAUAGAAUCAGAGUACACUCAAGAAAAAGUCAAUUCAAGAAGAAUCAAGUUCUGAAUCUGUGUGUUCUAAAUAAUGUUCAGUCAAGCAAAAUGAAUUCAUCAGAUACAAAUCUGAGGACAAACGGGAUAUUGAAGAAAGAAAAUAUGGUUAAUCAAAAGAAUAACAAAACAAAGAAAGUGAGAUUUUCACUUCCUGGCGAUGAAUUUGUUUCUUCGGAAACAAAGGAGCUAGUUGUUAGCAAUGAAUCUGACUCAUCAAAGUCAGACAAGCCACAUUCGGGCAAUGAAUCUGGUUCGUCAAAGCAAGAAGAGCCAUCUGUUGAAGUAAAAGGUGAUAAUUCCGUUAAGACAAUGGAUAAUGCAAGUUUUCCAUCAUUGUCAAACGGAAAAUUAAAACAAAAAGUUGAAAUGAAACCGAGUGAUGCCCACUCAAAAACACCCAAGAAUGUUCAGUCAAGCAAAAUGAAUUCAUCAGAUACAAAUCUGAGGACAAACGGGAUAUUGAAGAAAGAAAAUGUGGUUAAUCAAAAGAAUAACAAAACAAAGAAAGUGAGAUUUUCACUUCCUGGCGAUGAAUUUGUUUCUCCGGAAACAAAGGAGCUAGUUGUUAGCAAUGAAUCUGACUCAUCAAAGUCAGACAAGCCACAUUCGGGCAAUGAAUCUGGUUCGUCAAAGCAAGAAGAGCCAUCUGUUGAAGUAAAAGGUGAUAAUUCCGUUAAGACAAUGGAUGAUCAAUCAAGCUACAUGGCUGGAUCAGAUGAGGUUAACAACCACCUAAGGGAGAAUAAUGAUAUUACCAGAGUUAAUAUAGCUGGUGCAGAACUGCAGGCAUUAAUAGAUAAUGCCGUUACUCGAGCUCUGGACAGACAGUAUAAUGAAUCAAGUGGUACACGCACCAAGACCCAGUCUGUACCUCAUACAAAUCCACCUUCCCAAACGCAUGUAUCUCAUAAGGACGAUUCUCAUCACUCAUCAAAUCAGAGGAGUGUUCCGUAUAAACAGGUUAUGCUUAAUCAAGAGCCACGUGUUAAAACCUGUUCAUAUAAAUAUUUUGUCUCCUGCAAGCCCAGAGAUUUCAUAGGAGAAAAGGGAGCCAUCAAUUGCAUGACGUGGCUCGAUGAGAUGGACACCGUUGUUGAUAUUAGUGGAUGGGUAGAGCAAGACAUUGUGAAAAACAAGGUUGCCAAAGCUUCUGAUGAUGGAAAGCGUAAGAGGGAGGAUGAGAAUUCUCAUCGCUCUGAUAAGAAGAAAAAGGGGAACUCGGAUCAUAAGAAGAGUUCCGAGUUUAAGAAGGACAACCAACAGUCGGGUGAAAAGACCACCGUUGGAAAGGCUGUGAGAAAGGUCGUGAAAAAGUUCAAAGAACCCAAUGCUACUUGCUCCAAAUCCCAAUUAAAACCACACUUCCUUACUCACGAGAAGGAUCUUGUUUAUGCCUCGGAUGCGAAUAAUGAACUAAAAAGGAAAAGGGAGAAAGAUAACUCCCAUACUUCUAAGAAAAAGGGUAAGCUUGAGCUUAAGGAGGACAAACAAAAGUCCAACAAGAAACCUGUAUGCAAGACCUAUAAGAAGUGCCAUCUAGGGAAGUGCAUGUUCGAAUCAAAAUCCCAAUCGCAGCCUAGGGCUUGUGGGAUCUGCAAAUCAAGUGAGCAUAAAACGUUGGAUUGCAAGGACAUAAAGGAUGCAGUCUGCUUCGGCUGUAACGAGAAAGGCCACAUCAAGACUACAUGCCCUAAAUCUGUCAAGGGAGGUACGGCUAAGGAUAGAAAGCCUAAGAAUGAAAGCGUUUAA